GUAAUCCCAGUACUUUGGGAGGCCGAGGCGGGUGGAUCACCUGAGGUCAGGAGUUCAAGAGCAGCCUGGCCAAUAUGGUGAAACCCCGUCUCUACUAAAAAUACAAAAAUUAGCCGGGCAUGAUGGUGGGUGCCUGUAAUCCCAGCUAUUUGGGAGGCUGAGGCAGGAGAAUUGCUUGAACCUGGGAGGUGGAGGUUGCAGUGAACCGAGAUCGUGCCAUUGCACUCCAGCCUGGGCGACAGAGUGAGACUCCGUCUCAGAAACAAAAACAAAACAAACAAACGAACAAAAAAGAAGCCCUGCCCAACUUACUGGAGGGCGAGGGCUCCUGUGGGAAGAACUGAGGCACCCUGACCAGCGGCUGGUACCAGCUGCCAGAUCCACAGGUGAGGUCAUCAUUGUCACCCCACAGCCCCAGCCGAGCAUGGGGAGACUGCAGCACGUGAAUGACCCCAGGACAGAGGAGCAGGACUGCUUACAUUCCAGCCCACAGAAGAAGCAGGAGGAAUCGUAAUGGUCGCUUUAAGCCCCUAGGUUUUGGAAGUUUGUUAUGUAGCAAUGGACAAUUGUUAUAGCCAUCUCUUUUGCAUUCUUAGCUGUGACAUUUGGGUGGGAAUGACCCCUCACCCAGCUCCAGGCGUGGGUCCUGACUGGUGUAAAGAAAUGGAUGUCACUGUUGUGUGGUCAGAGCACCUCAUUCUCCCUGUCCACAGCGAGACGCCAGGAACCGUUUGCUUCUCCACCAUCUGAGAAAGAGAUGAGGUGCUGUGAGGAUGUGAGGUCAGGAAUCCAGGCGGCUGUUUUGUGCCGCGUGGGACCUCCAUGUGGAGCCAGAGGACAAAGGGAUGAAGUUAACACUGAAGAGAGUAAACCAGGAGGCCAGAGAGGACCCAGAUCUUUGACAGCUUUGAGAUGCUAGAUUCAGCCAUACCUCCAGCAAGAUCUCUCCCUGAGCUUUUCAGUUACAUAAACAAAUGACUGCCCUUUAGGUGGCUUCAGCCAGCCCUGAACGACACAUCUCUCUCCAAGAUGUGGCGUGAGCAUAUGCAGGAAUGUAUUUAUAGAUUUUCAUUUUCUUUCUUUCUUUUUUUUUGUGACAGGGUCUUGCUCUGUCAUCUAGGCUGGAGUGCAGUGGCCCCAUCAUAGCUCACUUCAGCCUCGACCUCCCAGAAUUAAGUGAUCCUCCUACCUUAGCCUCCCAAGCAGCUGGGACUACAGUCGUGUGCCACCAUGCCUGGCUAUUUUUAUUUUUACUUUUGUAGAGAUGGGGUUUUGCUACAUUGUCCAGGCUGGCCUGGAACUCCUGGGCUCAAGUGAUCCUUCCAUGUCAGCCUCCUGAGUAGCUGGGACUACAGGCUCGUGCCACCACACCCGGCUCUGUGAUGCUAUUUACCGAAGAAGAUCCCAAGCUCACAGUGCAGCCAGAUGUUUUUGUGAGUCUCAGCACUUUCUUCCCCCUUCCCCAUCACAUAGCGUAUCUUUUAUUAAAGUCUCUUUAACACAGUGGACACAUUUGGCCACUUCUGUUCCUUUUGUUUUGUCUUUUUUUUUUUUUUUUAAGAGAUGGUGUCUUGCUGUGUUGCCCAGGCUGGUCUCGAACUCCUGGGCUCAAGCGAUCUUCCUGCCUCGACCUCCCACAGUGCUGGGAUUACAGGGAUGAGCCACUGCGCCUGGCCCAUUUCAGCUCCUCAUUCCUUUUCAGCUCUCUUGAUCCCAUACACUUUGUUUUCAGAGAAGCUUUGGGGGUUCUAAUGGGAGAUGUCUCUAGCUCACUUCUUCCCAUCUUGCUGGCAUCCUGGCCUGGCUGAGCUGGAUGCCUGGGUCCACCGUAAUCCCCACCUGCUUCUUACCCCCAUUAGGACGGUGCCGUGCACAGGUGGGCAGGGAGAGGGCUUGUGAGAGAAAUAACUGGAACACAGAUGCCCACUGUAUCAGUUAGCUUUUGCUACAGAAAUGCUUCCUAGGAAAUGACCGCACACGUCACCCUAAAGCGACACUCAUUUAUUCUCAUAGUGGGUUGAUUGGUUGACUGACCUGGGCUGGACUUGGCAGGGAAGCUCUGCUGGUCUUGGCUGGGCUCAGCCAUGUGACUAGGGGUCAGGUGGGAAGGAAUUCAUCAAGGUCAUCCUUGUCCUGGGGCUAGUGGGAUGGCCGAGGUGUGUUCUUAUGGCCCAGCAGCCUCAUAUGAUUGGCAAAGCAAGUCACAUGGCAAUGGCUGGAGUGCAGAGGCAGGGACCCAGGCCCUGCUCACCGUGGAAGGGCUCUUGCAAAAUCACUUGGCAAAGGGCAGCCAGACACAGGAAGGGACACAGACCUGGGGCCAGCGACGUGACUGGGAGUAACCAUGCAUCUCAGUGGUGGUGCCCAAUCUCUCUCCCAACCACCCUAGGAGCAUUGGAGCUGGAACAAACAGCUGAGGUGGAAAGACCACAGAGUCAGUGGGGUGAAAAAUGUCGCAGCUUCAUUGACCUGGCCCCGGCGUCGGAGAAAGGGGUCCUGUGGCUGUCUGUGGUCUCCGAGGUGCUGUACAUUCUGCUGCUGGUGGUUGGCUUCAGCCUCAUGUGUCUCGAGCUCUUCCACUCCAGCAAUGUCAUCGACGGGCUCAAGCUCAAUGCCUUCGCGGCUGUCUUCACGGUGCUCUCAGGCCUCCUGGGAAUGGUCGCCCACAUGAUGUACACGCAGGUGUUCCAGGUCACCGUGAGCCUCGGUCCUGAAGACUGGAGACCCCAUUCCUGGGACUACGGGUGGUCCUUCUGCCUGGCGUGGGGCUCCUUUACCUGCUGCAUGGCAGCCUCUGUCACCACGCUCAACUCCUACACCAAGACGGUCAUUGAGUUCCGGCACAAGCGCAAGGUCUUUGAGCAGGGCUACCGGGAAGAGCCGACCUUCAUAGACCCUGAGGCCAUCAAGUACUUCCGGGAGAGGAUGGAGAAGAGGGACGGGAGUGAGGAGGACUUUCACUUAGACUGCCGCCACGAGAGAUACCCCGCCCGACACCAGCCACACAUGGCGGAUUCCUGGCCCCGGAGCUCCGCACAGGAAGCACCAGAGCUGAACCGACAGUGCUGGGUCUUGGGGCACUGGGUGUGACCAAGACCUCAACCUGGCCCGCGGACCUCAGGCCAUCGCUGGCACCAGCCCCUGCUGCAAGACCACCAGAGUGGUGCCCCCAGAACCCUGGCCUGUGUGCCGUGAACUCAGUCAGCCUGCGUGGGAGAUGCCAGGCCUGUCCUGCCCAUCGCUGCCUGGGUCCCAGGGCCUUGGAAAAGGGGCCAGGGCAGGCCCAAGGGAAUGCACAGGGCUGCACAGAGUGACUUUGGGACAGCAGCCCCGGACUCUUGCCAUCAUCACAUGAGACCUGCUGGGCACAGCUGCGAUGCCAGGAGACACAUGGCCACUGGCCACUGAAUGGCUGGCACCCACAAGCCAGUCAGGUGCCCAGAGGGGCAGAGCCCUUUGGGGGGCAGAGAGUGGCUUCCUGAAGGAGGGGGCAGUGGUGCAGGCACUGCAGGGGUGUCACACAGCAGGCACACAGCAGGGGCUCAAUAAAUGCUUGUUGAACUUGU